AUGAAGUCUCUCUCCCCCCUCACCUCCCCCAUGAAGUCUCUCUCCCCCCUCACCUCCCUCAUGAAGUCUCUCGUCCGCCUCAUCUCCCUCAUGAAGUCCCCCCCCCUCACCUCCCUCAUGAAGUCUCUCUCCCCCCUCAUUUCCCUCAUGAAGCCCCCCCUCACCUCCCUCAUGAAGUCUGUCUCCCGCCUCACCUCCCUCAUGAAGUUUCUCUCCCCCCUCAUCUCCCUCAUGAAGUCCCCCCCCUCACCUCCCUCAUGA